ACUGAGGUUAAAAGAGGUUAAACCCGCUCAAAUCAAACGACCCAUCAAACAUCCGAAUCACUACAAGAACUCAAUCAUAAAUAUAACAACUUUGAUGAAGGUCGGUUGUGAUUUCCACCACCGUAACAAUUAAUUGGGGUUUUUUUUUUUUAAGUCACGGCUUUGCGCUUUGCUUCAUGAACCCCGACUCUGAGAACACGGAGUUAGAAGACGGAAAGAUUUCCUUUAUUUCUUUUUUUUUAAAUGGUUCCUCACUGAUUCUUUAAGGGUUUGAUGGAUAAUUAAGGGUUCUCAGCUUACACAAAGGGUUUUACUCAUUCUGUUCUAGAGUACCAAAAGAGAGACGGGUUUCUACGCCGUCUAAGAGUGUAAGAUUAUAUAAACAGGAAGUGGAAAAGCUUGUUGGAAAGCUUAAUCUUAGUGGGCGGUAUGGUGGUAUGGUGGGUAGCAUUGCCAGCCACACAGCUCCACGGUUCCUGGCUCCAUCCUGAGCUCAGGUUAGUGUGUGUGUGUGUGUGUGUGUGUGUGUGUGUGUGUGUGUGUGGAGUCUUGUAUGUUCUCCAUGUGUCUGUGUGGGUUUCGCCCAGGUUCUCUGGUUUCCUCCUACCUCUCAAAAAUAUGCUUGCAGGAUGAAUUUGGGCCUAGGUGUGUGUGUGUGUGUGUGUGUGUGUGGUGCACUGUGAUGGACCUCGUCCAGGAUGUAUUCCCGCCUCACAUCCAGCGUUCCCAGGACAGACUCCGGAUCUUACCGUGACCCUGAUAAGGAUGAAAGUGCUUAUUCGAGAUGAAUGAAGGAUUUUUCACACCGUUGUACCAAAAUAACGAUGAAAUACUGUAGAAUUCUUCACUCCAUCGCAAUUACCUUCGCCAGGAAUUAAAUGAGAUAUUUUGAUAGCAUUCUAAUGCCGGACUGACAACCUUAUUAAAACCGAUAAGGACAGAAAUAAACAUAUCUCACAUGUUGUUGUUUUUUGUUUUGUUUUUUUUUUCAACACAUUUCCCUUUUGACACCAAUCUUAGAAACUCUAUAGCCUAUAGCAACACAUAAACACGUAAACGCUGCUGUCGUUGCCACCUAUAAAAGAAGAAGUGAGGCUUCCUCACCUCCUAAAUCCCAGUUUAACUUCUGUCUAUAGCCAACAAGCCACCUCAGAUAAACGUAUAACCUUCUCAGCCAGUCUUCUCUGCCCAUAAUGACAAGCUGGUGUUAUUGUUAUUGCUUUUCUUUUUCUCCCUUCUUUCCCACCCGUGGAGGGAAACUUUGCUAAAAGCGCUUGUUUUCUUGUUUGGUUCAGUUUUGUUUUGUUGUUGUUGUUGUUUUUUGGGUUGUAUUUUUUUUAACAAGCGGUCGAGUUGCGUCUAUGGAAACGAGACUACGCGAGAGAGCGCCUCCAGCCUUGUUUUCAAGUCUCGGUAGUUCCUGGCAACAACGUCAUCCAAGACGGGCGUGGCCUGUUUCGGCCAAUAGGCGGCGCGCGUCUCGAGCACGCGAGUAUAAAACGAAGCGAGGCGGCGCGCUGGAAGUUUAGAUAACGCGUGCUGUGGAUGGAAAGUGCGCGCACAGACGGCGCGGUGUGUGUGUGUGUGUAUAUAUAUAUAUAUCAAUAUAUAUGUGUGUGUGCGCGUGCGCGUGUGUGUGUGCGCGCUGUAAAUAAGCGUUUCGGAAGGAGAGAGGUUUUGGACAUCAUUUUGAGGCAGCUGUUAAAGGGAAAAAAAAAAGGAAAAGCGUCUGGAGACUUGGUACAGUAAACAAAACGUUUUUUUUUUCCUCCUGGAAGUCUUUUUUUGAUAUAGUUUUUAUAGCCUAUUUUAAUUUCUCUGGGCUUUUUGUUAAUAUUUACGGAACGCACGAGAUGUUUGGACACUGUGCGCUAUAAAGUGUACUCUCAUAUCUUUAUAUAUUAAACAAAAAGAGAGAGAGAGGGAGAGAGAUAAUAAGUCCUGCUCUCUAAAUGUGUCACAUAUCAACCAAAAUGGAGCAACCGUUUUAUCAUGACGACUCGUUUCUCUCUGCUUAUGGCACUCCAGACGCCGUGGCCCUGCGCGACUACAAGCAUCUAAAGCAGAGCAUGAGCGCCAGCUUUGUCGAGCCUUACCGCAACUUCAAGGGUGAUUUCUACACGGCCGGGAGCGCAGACACCGGCUCGCUGAAACUUGCCUCUCCGGAGCUGGAGCGUCUCAUCGCGCAGAGCGGCGGAGGCGUGAUCACGAGCCCAACCCCGGGUCAGUACCACCUGUACAGUCGCUCAAUCACAGAGGAGCAGGAAGGCUUCGCGGACGGAUUUGUCAAAGCCCUGGACGAGCUGCACAAGAUGAACCAUGUGGCCCCGCCGAACGUGUCCAUCGGCGCAGGAGGAGUGCCGUCCUUGCAGCCCGAGGCGCGCGUGUACGCCACGCUGAACAGCUGCAGCCCCAACACUAGCGUCCAGCAGUCCGCAGCGCCGGGCACCUACCCCAGCGCGACCAUCAGCUAUCUGCCUCAACAUCAUCAGUACCACCAUCACCAACACCAGCAGCAGCAGCAGCAGCAGCAGCAUCACCACAACCAUCACCACCCUCACCAUCCCUUCCAGCACGCUCCGAGGCUCUCGGCGCUCAAAGAGGAGCCGCAGAUCGUCCCCGACGUGCACGGCGCCUGCGCGGACGGCUCGCCGCCGACGUCGCCGGUCGACCUGGAGGAGCAGGAGCGCAUCAAAGCCGAGCGCAAGCGCCUGCGCAACCGACUCGCUGCCACCAAGUGCCGGCGGCGGAAGCUGGAGCGCAUCUCGCGGCUGGAGGACAAGGUGAAGGUGCUGAAGACUGACAACGCCGGGCUGUCCAACACCGCGUCCCUGCUGCGCGAGCAGGUAGCGCAACUCAAGCAGAAGGUCAUGACGCACGUGAGCAGCGGGUGCCAGCUGAUGGUGACGCCGAAGAUCAAGUCGUACUGAGACGUACACGAACUCACGAACAGUCUUUUUUUUUUUUUUUUUUUUUUUAAUGCAAAAAAAAGGGGGAAACACUGGAAGAUUUCUUGACAUUAUUGCAUUGCAGCACUGAAUGAAUUCGAGCGUAUGUUUCUUGUAGAAAACUUUUUAAUGUGUUGCUAUGUGUUUGUUUUUGUUGGGUUUUUUUUUAAAAAGCAUUUCCUUUAUAAACAUGUUGCUCUUAUGGUACCAGAUGAAAUGCACACGAAAGAAAAAUGAAAGGACUGUCAGGACUAUCAGCAACUCUUCAUCAUCUUUGUGCGAGUGAUAUCCUAUGAAUACAACCCGAUAAGUUAUUUUCAUUGUUUACGUCCGGUUUAUUCCGGACACAUUGUUACUGUAAAGGUGUUUUGUUGUUGUUGUUUGUUUUGUUUUUUUUUUGUUUUUUGUAUUUAAGUAAAAUACUUUAAAAAAAAAAAA